CGGGACCGCCCUCCAUCCCACCGCGUUCUUCCCGGAACCGCGGCGCCGCCGGGCCUUUAACUUCUCGCAGUGACAGCGCGUCAGACACUAGGUCCGGGCUCGAUCCUAGUAUUUCCAGAGGUUCCCGCUCUUGUAUAAAAAGAACAUUUAUUGUCUGACGUGUCAUGCGUUGGAGUAAAACUCGGAUUUGGGUUGGAAAAAUGGCCAAAAGACUUGCUGACAAGGAAUUGACAGAUAGGAAUUGGGAUCAAGAAGAUGAAGCUGAAGAGGUGGGAACAUUCUCAGUGGCCAGCGAGGAAGUCUUGAAGAAUAGAGCCAUAAAAAAAGCAAAGCGUAGGAAUGUUGGAUUUGAAUCUGAUAGUGGAGGAGCUUUUAAAGGAUUUAAAGGCUUGGUUGCACCUUCUGGAGGAGGAGGGUUUUCUGGAUUUGGUAGUGGCACAGGAGGGAAGCCUCUGGAAGGACUUUCAAAUGGAAGCAGCAUAACCAGAACACCUCUCUUCACCAGUGCGAGGGCAGCCACUGAGCCCAAGACAACCUUCGGUUCUAUUGCCACAAAUGGCCCUAACACCUUGGCCGAGAAAAAAAAUUCAAAUCCCAAAACUAAUGGCGACAGCCAGCAGCCCUCCUCCUCUGGCCUUGCUGUGAGUAAAGCCUGUGCUGGGAAUGCCUAUCACAAGCAGCUGGCCGCCUUGAACUGCUCUGUCCGAGACUGGAUAGUGAAGCACGUGAAUACAAACCCACUCUGUGACCUGACGCCGAUCUUUAAAGACUAUGAGAAGUACUUAGCGAAUAUUGAACAGCAACAUGUGAACAGUGGCAGUAGCAGUUCUGGAAGUGAGACUAACAAAAUGUUGGUUGAAACACAGUCUCCUUCCCUAUUUGGUUCAACAAAAUUGCAGCAAGAGUCAGCAUUUUUGUUUCAUGGCAACAAAACUGAAGAUUCUUCUGAAAAGAAGAUGGAGGUGGUAUCGGAGAAGAAAGCGGACCCAUCACUAGGAGCAGCAAGUGCCUCAUUUAAUUUUGGCAAGAAAAUCGAUAGCUCUGUUUUGGGCUCAUUAAACUCUGGCCCACUGACUGGAUUUUCAUUUUCCCCUGGAAACUCCGGUUUAUUUGGCAAAGAUAUUUCCCAGAAUAAACCAGUUUCUUCACCGUUUUCCACUAAAACAUUGGAGAGCCAAGCAGAGGAUGGCAAUAAGGAAUGCAAAGGUGGAGAUGAAGAGGAGAAUGAUGAGCCACCCAAAGUAGUAGUUACUGAAGUAAAAGAAGAAGAUGCUUUUUACUCCAAAAAGUGUAAACUAUUUUACAAGAAAGACAAUGAAUUUAAAGAGAAGGGUAUAGGUACUCUGCAUUUAAAACCUACAGCAAACCAGAAGACACAGCUUGUAGUGCGGGCAGACACCAAUUUAGGCAACAUAUUGCUGAACGUUCUGAUUGCACCCAACAUGCCGUGUACCCGGACAGGGAAGAACAACGUCCUCAUUGUCUGUGUCCCAAACCCACCAGUGGAUGAGAAGAACGCCACCAUCCCAGUCACCAUGUUAAUUCGGGUAAAAACCAGUGAGGAUGCAGACGAGCUGCACAAAAUUUUACUGGAGAAAAAGGAUGCCUGAACACACGAAGUCAGUGGAGAAAUUAUUGCCAAGUUGCUGCUUCCCCUACCGCCCUUCAACUUAGUCAGUUUUUCUUCUCUUCUUACUUUGCAUUCUAAGAACUUACAGAUAACUGAAAACUUUUGUGAGGAAGAUUAAUAUGGCCAAUAAAACUUUUAAAUGUUAAGUGUCAAGAAACUGUAUUCUCCCUUCUUGAGAACUGUCUAAUGUGAAAAACAUAUUGGAAUGACAUUUUUGGGACGCUUUUUAAUGUUCAUUUGUUUAUUAAACUAACCGUAAGUGAUUUCUUAAUGGACUGAAAUCAGGGUAUCGAUUAGCUUUCCCAAAGGCUUUUCUGAUCCAUGGAUUUUCAGGUCUCGCUGCCACCACUGGCCAGGCUUGCUGAUGGGGUUCCACUUCCGUCCCGAAGACCUGCCUGUGUGGCUCUCCCCUCCUGUGAGCCUGGCUGACCUGUGCGACUGGCACUCCUAGCCGAUGAACCGUGCUGCCUGCCGCGCUGUGGCUGAGCUGCUUGUCCUUCGCUUCACUAAGUUCUUAGGCUGAGAUGUGAGCACAAGUGUCCCUUCAGCCUUAGUCAGCCUCUGUUUGCAUCUGUUGGCCUCUGACCCUGUGGGCUGCUUCACUGUAAGUCAGGAACUGUGUUUUCCUUUUAAAAUGAAAUGAGUAGCUGUGGAAAAGUUCUUUGGCUUUAUAGACUUGGUGUUGUGAUUUUUACUCAUGAGGUGCUGUUACUUUGUCCCCCUAAAGACAAUUAGAGGGGAUUGCCAGGGAUGGGUUUUAAAAGCACAAAUUUGGUAGCUUAUUGUUUCUAGACCAUGGACAGUAAACCCCGUGAGAAGAGCGUUAAAUCAGAGCGAAGCCAUAGAAAGGGAGGUGUAAUGUCCGUGGUCACGUGCACCAUCAUGAACCCCAUGGAUAGAAACGCUGCUUAGUACAUAGAAGCUUGGUUACUCGUGGGCCAUGUACAUUCACUAGGAAACAAUAAGAUAAUGGAGAAAAUUGUGUAAAGUUUGCCUUUAACUUUAUUCACCGCAUAUUAUACAUUUGAUAUCUGAAAUACGCAUUUGCUUUUUUAAGAGUAAGAGAUCACUUUGUCCAUGGAAGGGGAGCCCUGGUUGUCCCCCCAGAAAACCCAGGCCAUGUCUUCAGAGCCGUCAGGUAACUAACACGGGCAAGCUUAGAAGACUGGGCACACGCAUUAGAUGCAAAAUAGAACGUUGAAAUUUCCACUUUCAUUCCUCAUGAAUCAUUUAAUACUGGUACCAGAUAAUCUUUACAGGCUCAGGUCUGGGCCCACGGGCUCACACAUGUAGAUUCCGAUCUUCAGUACAUAAUGUAUUCUUGACUUAGAGGAGUCAAAGAAAUUGUGGCUUGUACGAUUGCUUUCUAAAAACUACAGUCUUCAGGUGUGUGUGUUAGGGUGUGCCAUUUUUAGACUAAAUUCAGUGAACUCUUCAGUACUUGAGGUAAAGGAAUUGGGCCAGUGUCUGUCAGAGGUUCUCAUACUCCACGUUUUCUGAUUCCUGUGGGAGGAUUUGGCCCAGUGUGUGAGUUGGGGUAAAUACAUGCAGAGAGGGGUGUGUACUGUUUUAGGGGGUAUGGUCAAACUCCUAGCUAUCGUGUGCAAACUAGGGAGGAAGUGGCAAUUGUUUUUGCAUUUUUUUGAGAAUUGAGAAUGUUCAUGUGUUUUUGUUAAGAGAUAACUUAUAGUCAGCAAGUGAUUGGUACUACUAAAGUAAUACUGGUUUUGCGCUGUUCACUAUCUAACUCGUAAAAAAGAUGAGGAAUUAAAGGGAACAAAUCCCACUGUUAGAGCUUAGCCACACAUGCUGCUUCGGUACCAGCCCGGAUGGUAAACCCACAGGUAUCUGCGGGAACAUUUCCGUAAUAAGGAUGCAGUACUUGACUAGCACAUGCUUGUGGAGACUGUUGUGGAAAGAUAGUGAUUGGAUUACCUUUUAAGCCCCUUCCCUGCAAGAGUAUCUAUUUUUAGUGGAUACAGGUGGGUUUUUUGUUUUUUUUUUCUUAACAUUCCCAGCAAGUUUUUGCUGCUAAGACUAUCACUGUUAAAAGUGAAAAAUUACAGGGACAAAUGUGAUAAUGUAUACCAUAACUCAAAAUGUGAUAUUUUCUUAAAAUCACUCUUUUAUGCUUUAGGAACUGGUGGGUCUCCCUUUUAAUUAUGUAUUUGAAUAACAGAGCCUGAGUAUACGUGGUUUUACUGUAAAAUAUAAUGCUUGUGUAUUAUUUAGGGGAGGCUCCUGGAGAGCUUACCUAUUCUCCCCACCAACGUGUGGGUUCGUUUGAUUUUUUUUUAACAGAAUAUUAGAAAGUAGGCUUUAAAAUGUUUAAUGUGGACUGAAAUUUUCAUCUCUGAGAAUCCAUAAAUUGUAAUCAUAUAUGACCUGAAGUGAGUAAUUUUUGUUGAUUUUUUUUUUUUAAUUCUCAAAUUGUCUUGCUUCUUGAUAAAUCCCAGGGGUCAUUAAAAAAAA